AUGGCUGAAGCUGUCGUUUUUACUGGGAAGCCAUUGUCAUUCUUACAAGAGUGGGUGACUUUGAAGCGUAAAGGACAGGACUUCUUGCAUACCCCAAUGGGAUACCACUGUCAAAGCAAGGCCCUUUUGAAGAGUCAUCCCUUUUUCAAGGACAGGACAUUCAACAAGGUCGUGGUGGUAGAAAAGAAGGUCGAAGACAUAGAUCUGGAUUCAGAAGAUCUCGAUAAAGUCCCCCAGAGUGAAAUUGAAGAAAUUCAACGAGAUAUGGCAGAGGCGGGGCAAGGCUUAGUGGGUCCCUUCGGGUUCUUUUCGAAGCCAAAUUGA